AUGGCCAACAUAAAUUGGCGCACUAUCAACGUCGACGCCUACGAUCCCGACUCCGCCUUGAACUUCCCUCUUUCCACUCUCCUCCCAGCCAACCUACCCGCACCCUCCACAUCCUCUGAAUCCGCACAGAUAGGCCAACAGGUCCGGCAACUCCUCCGCGCCGGUGACAGCGUGGGUGCCUUACAAUCGGCACUGGAGACCGCUCCUCUCGCGGGCGAUGAGGGUGCAAAGCAAGUCCAUCUCACCACUGUCUUGGAAGUACUACAAGGAAUCAGACAGAGCGAUGUCAGUCGGAUAUUGACGGAAAUCCUGAAACAGCCGGGUGGAACGGCAUUGGGGGAUACCUUAAUGAAGUACAUCUACAAGGGUAUGGCUAGCGGGAGCGGUACAACCAGUGGGAAAGGGGUGAGUCCGCAGGCGACGGGUACCGGUUUCAGUCAGAUACAAUCGAGGAAUUUUGGGGAAGGCGGAGGUGGCCAGGUCAUGAGUGUCCUAUUGAGCUGGCAUGAGAAGUUGACAGAGGUUGUGGGCGUCGGUGGGAUCGUGAGAGUUAUGUGCGAUCGACGAACGGUAUGA